CAUACUUAGUAUGACGUUCUAGAGGUACUAAGUAUGUUCAACCUUAACAAACUUCAUACUUACAGCCGCCGAAGGUGUGUGACGCUAAAGCGAGAAGGUGCUGCUCGAAAAGCGAGGAUCAAUUAUUACUCCGUAUGUCUUUAGUUCUUUCGUUAUACGAGAAGUUUAAUUAGCUGAUUAUAUAUGGAUCAAUAACGUUAUAUAACUUUCCUCUUAAUUCAAAGUAUACACUGAAAGUUUCGUAUAAAACUGGGAAUGUUCUCAAAUAUGCAGGUAGGAUGACCUACUACUAUUGAGUCCUAGUUCUGCUUACCAGGUCGACUAUAAAAUGGUGAAAUCCCUGCACACUCUUUCAGCUCCCCUGCCGUUGUAGGCGCCCCGCCGUGAAGUUCACAUUGUUGGACUGCAUCUUAUUCAACAUCCGCACGAUGCGACUCAUCAACACUAUAACCCUGGAAUUUAAAGAAUUCUACGGGGAUACAGUGCCGCCCUACGCGAUACUAAGCCAUACAUGGGUCGAGGGAGAGGAGAUCAGCUUUCGCGAUUUCAUAGACCCAUGCCCAUAUACUACUACGAAACCUGGAUUUCAUAAGAUUCAGGGCGCAUGUAAGAUAGCGCAACAAGAUGGCAUCGAUUGGAUAUGGAUCGAUACCAAUUGCAUCGACAAGGCCAGCUCGGCUGAGCUGACAGAGGCUAUCAAUUCCAUGUAUAACUGGUACAAGGGUUCCGAGGUAUGCUACGCUUACUUAUCCGACGUCCCGGAUUUCUCUUCGCGAAACGAAUGGGACGAUCCAGAGAUCCAAAAUCGCCAGUUUCGUCAGAGCAAGUGGUUUCGUCGUGGAUGGACGCUCCAAGAAUUAAUCGCCCCUCCACGGCUCGUAUUCUACUGUUCUUCCUGGACGAGGAUUGGUGAUCGCUCAGGUCUUGCCCUCGACAUCUCCGCCAUUACCGGAAUCGAGACGAGGCUCUUGCAGGGCGUUGCAGACCUCCACGCCGUUAGUAUCGCGAAGAAGAUGUCGUGGGCAGCGCGACGCGUGACUACACGCGUCGAGGAUAUCGCGUACUGUUUACUGGGGUUAUUCGACGUCAACAUGCCGCUCUUGUACGGCGAGGGGCCUAAGGCAUUUAUACGGCUCCAAGAGGAGAUAACAAAGACGUCGAACGACCAUACCGUGUUCUGCUGGAGCCGUACUAGCGUACCUGCCGACUGGACUAGCAUGCUAGCUCCGUCGCCGGCCGCGUUCCGCGAUGCCGGGGAUUUCGUCCCGAUAGACGCGUGGGAGAUACCAAUGCCUCAUUCAAUGACAAACCUAGGACUUUCAAUCUACUUGCCCAUCGUAUAUACUCUAACGCAGAUGUUCGUCGUGCUUGACGCGGGGCUCCUGGGUGGACAUGCUGAUAUGCGCGCCUGUAUUGCUAUGCAGAGAACGAAUCCGCGAAGGUCGGGAUCUAACAUCCUAGACAGAAGUCGAUUCUUCGGGGGUCCAACGAUGCUCUCGAAAGAGGCGACCGACACGAGGGAACGGUAUAACUUGUUCAUCCGCUCCAGACACGUGCCGCAACCUGAGAGUCCGUUCAAAUUACUUGGGCCCCGUAUAUCCAAGUACGGUGUUUUGAUAUUCGUCGACCCAACAGCAACACGACUUCUGUCGACGGGUAAGCGCGGCGCGCCGCUCGGGUCUGUGGGCUAUGACAUUGAGACACACCCUCCUGGGAUUUUCAACGAGAACACUAGCAUCUUAAGGUUGCUGGCUUUUGAGGGCGGCAGUUCCCUCGUUACAUCCGGCUUGGUGCGCAUCCGUUUCAAGUCGCCGCAAGAAAGAGACUUAUAUCUCUUCUUCGCAGUCAUAUUGACGAUCGGUGGGAGGGAAGCCUGGUACUGCGGCGUAUAUUCCGCAGACGACUUUUGGUUUUUCAAGCAAGAAAUCGAGGAGAGAAUCAAUGAAGAAGUCGCACCCGAUGAGGAGAUGGUCAUGAUUGAUGGCUACUUGCGGGCCGUCGCUUGGGAGCAUGGCCGUAAACAACUCACGGAUCAUACAUCUGAUGAGUCUCUAUUUGUGUCCAUUGGAGGGACGAUGACUCGAAACCCAAAGUCUGAUAUUAGGGCGGCUAUGCUCUCUGGUAAGUGCGAGUCCCCCUAUUCGGUUCCCACGAGCGCCAUAGAUAUUAGCGGUGUAGUCGAUGAGACAGACGACGAUGAUUACGUGGACGACAUCGAGGACGAAGAAUUUGGGGACUGGGACUCGUCCAAUGAAGGUGACGGGAGUGAUGAGUCUCCAGGGGAGAAGACGGAUGGGUCGUCUACAUGGGACGUUAAUAGCUCUGGCGAAAGCUCCCAGACCUUGUCGUCCACAUCAUCGUGGCAUAAGACUUCACCGCUACCCAACCUCCCUGCUUCGUAGGCUUCCUCAUGGACUGUGGAGUCUGAGAAGCU